UUUCAACACUUGCACCUUCUCAUCACUCUCUUUUGUUUCCUUUGCGUCCCAGAUUUUCUUCCAUGGUCUUACCUUCAUCGCCUUCACAAUUGCCCUUCAAGCCUCUCCAUAGUUGCCUUUUGCCCUCUCUUCUCUACGCAGCACCGCUACUCAAGAGAUUGUUCAAACUGCUAAUAGUGGAGCAGGAAUCGUUGAAGUUGGGUAUAUAUCCAGUGUUCAUGGGCUUCAAGGGGAAAUAUGCGUUAAACCCAGUACUGAUGUUCCCGAACUACGAUUUUCCAAGGGAGUACUUGGCUGGAAAAAGAAAUUUUUAACAAGUUCUUCAGCCUUUAGUUUUGGUUCAUUGUUCUCGUGUUUUCGAGUUCAAUUCUGUAAUUAUUAUUAUUAUUUGUUAGCCUGGGAGAAGAUGGCUAAGGCAGUCGGUCUCUGGCAAAGAUAUGAUUGAAAAAGUUGAGCUGGUUGAGGGAAGAGGGCACCCUGGACAGAAGAGAUGGAUGCUAGAUUUGGGGGAAUUGACACAAUGGAACAGGCCAGGCAACUUGUUGGGUCAACUCUUCUAGUUAGAGAAGAAGACAGGCCAGAGUUGGAAGAAGGAGAAUUUUACACUUGUGAUCUCGUUGGCAUGAGAGUGAUUCUUAAGGAAACUGGUGACUGUGUGGGAACUGUUGUUAAUGUUUUUGGCAGUGGAGCAAGUUAUCUUUUACAGGUCAUGCUCUACCCAUCUGUAGAUGUGCUUGAGGGAGCUGAGAGGUCAACGCAAGCAGAAACAGGUCUAUCUGGUUCCCUUGUGAGUGGAAAGAAAGGAAAAAGUUUCAAAGAUGCCUUAUAGAAGCUAAAACGAAAUUGUUUGAAAUGGAACAAAACAUGUGUUUGAUGGAUUAAGAUAUGGGGAAAAAUCACAAAGGAGCUUACUGGCAAAUCAGAUUGUUGGUGUAAAUUCUAAAUUGCUUCAACAGGCAUUGCAAAAUAUAGAGAUGCCCUCCAAGAGGUAUUUUUUUAAAACUUAAUAUAUGUGUAUUUCUUGACAUUUUGAUUCCUAGAGGAGUUGGAGAAAAUGUGAAUGCAGUUGUUUGACCUUUCGAUCCGAUGCAGUUUUUGAAAGUGUUGAAGUCAACUUGUUCUGUAAAGCAUUGAACUUGUAACCUUUGUUCAUGAUGUUGAAAUGUAGAAAAAAUAUUAUGCCCCUGGCUUCAAUAUGUGUUGCAUAUAUAAAUGCUUUUUUUGAAGUGGGAGCUUAAAAGAAAAAAAAAACAUUUUUUUAAAAACAGCUGGUCUUAUUGUCUUAUUUGUUCUAUGGUGGAUAUGAAGAAUAUGGAAGGUGGUGAGAUCUUUUUUAUUUGAUCCCAUAUAGCUAAUGGUUACUUAUCUAUCCUUUUUGGUGGUUUGAGUGGUGGUGGGGGUGUGUUUUGUGGUUAAUCUCACAAUCAUUUGAUAUGUGCAACGAGGUGUGAUGAUACUUAUCCACCAUUUCUGCUAUUGGAUGAUGAAUGUCAUACAUGCACUACCAUCUGAUCUUUGUUGCAUAUAUGCCUAAACACUUGAAUUGAAUAUUUUGUUUUAUUUCUGUAAAAAAAUUUUAGUUGAUAUUUGAUUCUUAUAUUGCAAUCUAUGAUGCAAAUUAUUUAUUGGUUCUGAUUUACUGUUAU